AUGUCUGUUGAGCGCGCCGAGCUGAGUCUGCCGGUUGACGAUGGCGUAUCCAAGUCCAGCGCAGACAACGAGUCUCCAGAUAGGACUCCCGCGGCAGAUGUGCUGGAUGAGAAAUACCAAGUCGCCAAAUGGGAGAUAUGGGCAUAUUAUGCUUACUUUGCUCCAACCGCAUUCCAGAACUUGCUCUCCCAGGCUGCAGGGCCCGGGGGAACGUUGGUAUUUGCUGGCUCUAGACGCACGAUCAACAGUAUCGUGCUGCUGAGCAAUGGCAUAUCGUUUGCUAUUCAGAUAUUUGUAUUCCUGUGCAUCGGUAGUUUUGCCGAUUUCGGAACUUGGAGACCGAAUAUUCUCAUCGUCCUGUCCAUCAUCGCCUAUGCAAUUGGAUUUGCAUGGAUUGAUGUCCACACACCCGAGAAAUGGCACGUCGCAGCAGGCCUCUACAUCGUGGGCCUCAUCGCCUACCAGGCUUGCCUGACCUUCUGGACGGCGGCUUUCCCUGGUCUAGCGAGAAAUACGCAGGAACUUCGACAGAAGGCUGAAGAGUAUCGGGCUGGCCUUAUCACUAGGGAUGAGUAUGACGCUGCUGACUCGAUGAAGCGAAGCCAGCUGUCAAACAUAGCGUUUUAUAUUCAGUCCGUGGGCGAGGUGUUCAUACUGGCAAUAAUUGUAGGCAUCAUGUUUGCCCUGGACGUUAAUGCGAGCGAAGCCAAAAAUAACAAGGGGCUGAGUGUUCUCAUAGCAUUCGCGACAGGCGUAUGGCUGCUCCUAUCGAUUCCAUGGUUCGUCCUGGAAAAGCGACGGCCAGGACAGGACUUGGGGAAGAAGAACAUUGUUAUGGCUGGGUUGAGCCAGUUAUACCGUGCAGCAACGGAAAUUUGGACCCUGAAGCAGAGCUUAUUCUACCUUAUCGGGUACUUUUUGCUUGGGGAUUCUUUAAAUACCACAGUGACAGUGAUUGCAACGCUCCAGAAUAGCAUCGUUGCGUACAACACGCUUCAACUGACGUACCUUCUCAUCGUUGGAAUCUUUGCCCAGGCCGUCGGAAUCUAUGCAUUCUGGGAUAUACAGAAGCGCUUCAACCUGCAGCCCAAGACGAUGUUCAAUGCAAUCGCCAUUGCCAUCAUCCUGCUUGACGGCUGGGGAAUGAUAGGUAUCUGGACCUCUCGGUUUGGAUUCCACAAUAGCUGGGAAGUCUGGGCCUACCAGGCGUUUUAUGGCCUAUUCGUCUGUCCAUGGUACAGCUAUAGCCAGAUCAUGAUAUCCGAGGUGACCCCCCGUGGCAAGGAGUUCCUGUUCUUCAGCCUCUUCAGCAUCAUUGGCAAGACGUCUUCUUUCAUUGGACCCUUGGUUUCCAGUGCCAUCAUCGACGCAUCGCCGUCGGGCAACAACUCGACGCCCUUUUAUUUCUUGUUUGCACUCAGUUUGGCGAGCUUUGUCUUCCUUUGGCUUUUCGUCGAUGUCCCGACGAGCCGCAGAGAACAGGAGAUAUUCUUGGCCAAGGAAAAGGCCGAGCUUGCCGGCAGAGAGGAGCCUUUGACCAUGGCCUUUUCGUCAUCUGACGGAAUCACCAACAAGCAAAGAAAGCAACAAGCAUCAUCAUCGUCGACCGAGCAAGCAAGCCACUCUGCAUCGAGCCCCGAACAGCUUCACCGCACCCGUUGCUCGCUCUCCCUCCCGCUGCCGCAUACCGGCCCUGCGACUCGUCGUUGGACUGCACAUCCGCCCGCUUCCCCCAGAAUUCAGCUCUUAGAAGGACCAUGGCUGCAAGAGCGCCAGGAGGUCGGGCCAGUGCUAGGUUCGCCCAGUUUAAGCUUGUACUUCUCGGACCAAUUUGAUGACUAUCGGGAGUCUACCAUCGGCGCCGCAUUUCUUACACAAACCAUAUCGCUCGAUGAGACGACCACAGUGAAGUUUGAGAUAUGGGAUACUGCCGGCCAGGAAAGAUAUAAGUCGCUCGCGCCCAUGUAUUACCGAAAUGCCAACUGUGCUGUCGUUGUUUAUGAUAUAACUCAGGCUUCAUCGCUCGACAAGGCGAAAUCAUGGGUAAAGGAACUCCAAAGACAGGCGAACGAGAAUAUUAUCAUUGCGCUUGCCGGAAACAAACUUGAUCUGGUCACCGAAAGCCCAGACAAGCGCGCCAUCGAAACGGCUGAUGCAGCUGCUUAUGCCAAAGAGGCCGGGCUCCUUUUCUUUGAAACCUCUGCGAAGACAUCAACGAAUGUACGAGAACUAUUUACGGCAAUUGCAAAGAAACUACCCCUGGACCAGGCCGGUCCACGGAACCUGCGAGCAAACCCAAGGCCGGGCGUCGACCUCCGACCGGAGACCUCGAAUACACAAGGAGGAGCCUGCAGCUGCUGA